UCGUUCUGUUUCAUCAACAGAAAUUCUGCUUUCUCUUUUUAAUCACACUAGGCGACAACCUAAGACUAAAAAUCUUAAUAAUAGAAACUAAUAAUAAUAACUGAUCACUUUCUCUGAUAUUUCUGUUGUCUGAAAUUCCUUCUCUUCUCUAUGCAAACCAAAGCUGUCAAUGAUCAUGGAAAAACCAUCGUCGACAUUAACAAAAACAGACACAGACAAUGUCGAAGUAACCUCAACUUUUCUCUUACACAACGGAUUCAUCAACAAUAACAUCCCAUCUCUUAAUCAUCAUCACCAGUAUCAGAUUUCAGAUAUGGAAAGGAUAUCUGUAAAGUCAGCAACGUACACAAGCUUAAAAGACCUAUUACCCGUCUCUCCUCUGUCAAUCACUUCAACAUCACACAACGCUAGCUGGAACGAAAUACCCAUCAAGAAUCCGCUCGUUAAACAGGCUGCGUUGGCUUACUUGCAGCCUAUGUCGACUCCACCUAUUGCUGGGGGUAAAGGGUUGUUUCUAAGAAGAUUGAGAGAUCUCAUCUGUUGUAGAGAAUGCGGUUGCUUUGGCUGGUUCAACGAUUUAGUAUUCAAGUCUUUUAGCGAAGCUUUCUUGGAACAAAGAAGAAGAGAAGAGUCAUCAGAUGACGAUGACGACGACGACGACGAGGAAGAAGAAGAAGAUGAACAUAAUGGUUGACUAUGAUGGCGGGACAAUGUUGUUAUCUUUUUAGGUUUCAUUUUGACUGGUAGAUAGAAUAGAACUGAAAGAGAGAGAUGGUGGCACAAUUUGUAAAUUCGGAUUCUUUCAAUAUUUUUUUUUUUGGUUCCCAAUUUAAGAUUUUGACACAUAUUUCUUUCUUUCUUUGUUUACAUACCUUUUACUUUUUUUUUUUUUUGAGAGGAUAGUUAUUAUUAUUAUUAUUAUUAU